AUGUCCCUCCUCCGCUUCCUCUUCCUGGCCGGCCCUCUGGCCCUCCCGUGGGUCCGAGCCACGCGUGCCAACGCUUCCCUGCGCCGCAAAGGCCCCUUUCUGCUUCUCUCCGGCCCGCUCCGCGCCGCCAAAGUCGGCCCGCGCCACAUGCGAGUCGAGCUGCGCUCCAGGGAAACCGGCCUCGUCGCCGUCCAGCAAGUCCGCCUGCGCGAGCCGCUGUUGCGUCGUGUCACUCACGCCCACGCGCUGUGCAUCCGCAAGGGCGAUACCGUCUCCGCGCUAGAGAUCGUUGCUGAGGGUAAAUUGCUCGUCGGACUGGACUCUGUUAGGGAGAAGGUGUUGCAGAGGUUGUGUGCAGCUGCGGCUGCGCAAGAGUGA